UGUUUUAUUAGACGGAACUCUCACAAAAUUUGCAAACUUUGUCGGAAAAAGCGAAAAACGCCACAGAAUUCAUACAACGAUUAAAAGGGAUAACAGAAAAAGCAAAUAUAGAGUCAGGCAUUAAAGUAGAAGAUAUGCAAAGACAGGAUAAGAAGAACUGCAUAUUUCCAAAGGGAAUAAAGUUCUGCUCUCAUAGUAUAGCCAUUUUUGCCUCAAGACUAGCGAUUGAGAAUAGUUUAAACUUCGAGACCGAGAUAUCUUCUCAAUGCGAUAAUUUGAUUGCAACCAUAAAAACACGAAAACAGCAAUUAUUGACUUUUGCCCGAAAAGAGAAAGACUAUAAAUUGCGAAUAUUGAGGGAACAAGUGAUGGCAUGCACUGCGAAAUUACAACAGACAACAGGACUCAUCCAGUUCUGUAUCGAAGCCCUCAAAGAUAACGAUAACAUGAGUUAUCUUCAGAUUGGAUCGUCAUUAAUAAAUCGUGUCUCCAAUGUGGAGAUGACAUGGCAUAAGGACAUGAACACCUCUCCCUGGGUAUCACCAGAGUUUGAUCUAACACUAGACUGUCAGCCCGUCCUCAUGGCUAUCGAACAAUUGAAUUUCUCACAAAUGAAACUCACGAAAAAUGUCAUUUAA